UCCUCAAAAGAUAUAGCCAUUAUUUUAUUAUGACUGUCCCAACGGCUCCUCUUCUGACUCUCAUUCCUAGAGAGUAGCCUUUUGGUAACAAGUGUUUAGUGUGUCCUGGGAGUAGUCAGUGUCUUAUAGAGUGGAUGGAAAGGUGGCAUGACUUUGGUGGUUGGUUAAAAGCUUCCUUGGUGAACGGCAUGAUCUUUAGUGAGGACCUACUGUGCUCCAGGCAUCAUACCAAGCUUGGAGAAUCCAGUAGCAACCAGGUGCAGUCACCUGUGGAAACACCUGUCACAGAAGGACUUACUGCCCAUCACAGCAAGCUGUGGCAUAGCCAGACGUCAGCCACAUUGCCACCAUUGGAACACUUGAGGUGGAAGGAGAAUGGACAGGGAAGGCUUUCUAGUGAUGCUGCACCCUCGCUGAGACCUAAAGCCAAAAGGAGAGAGAAGAUGAGGAACAAGUUCUGCAGGAAGUCUCAGGUGUGAGGGCCUCUUGCAGUUCCAACAGACCAAAGCGUGGGGUGUAUAAAGGGUGGUGACCAGUGGCCAGGGGUGGCCAGAUCAUGGGGGUGGUGGCAUAUCCCACAUGCACAAACCCAGUGUGUACCACCAUCCUGAGGCAAGGGUGGGGUUUUAUCGCCAUCCCUCGAGUGAGCGUGUGAAAGUGUAGACAGGUAAGUGACUUGUUCUGGCCACUCAGCUACACUUAGUAGCAGUUGUGGGAUGCAUCCCAUUACAUUCUGGGUGCAUUAGGCACCUGAGCCUGUGAGCUCAGCCUCCUGAUUUUGCUUUGGGAAGGGGUCUUGGCUUCUUAACCAGGACACUUUUCUCAUCCAGAGAGACCUAUUGGGCAUACCCAGGGAAGGGCCAGCAAGGUGCUGCCAGGCCAGAGGUGCACUUGGAUGGGAAAUGGUGAAGCUGGUGAGUGCCUGAGGGCAGACGGGAUGGGAGCGAAUCCUCUGUCAGAUUCCUGCUAGCAGGACGAGACCUCAUUGUUUCUCGUCUGACUGGUCAGCACGUUGGAACAGAACCGCCUGGCUGUUUUUCAUAGGGGUGAGCCUCCUUGUUCCCUGCUUCUGAGUCCCCAGUAGAGGAGUGGUUCCCGAGGGUGCUGAUCAGAGGCAACGCCCACAUUGGACAAAUGGCACUGAACGAGAGGCAGCCAGCUGUUCUGGAACCCUCUGCUCCUUCCCGCCUUCCUUGUGGGCUUAUACAGCUGUCCACUUUACUUUAGAUGACUUCUCAAUGUGGUAGUUUUAGAGAUGCUUGUAGAAGAGGGCCGAGAAGGCAAAAGGCAUGCCACAAGGCCACAGCUUUGCCUGUGUGGCCCGUCACAGUUGCUUUGCAGUUAGGUAUGUGAUUUUAAAGCAUUUCCUCUUCCCACUAGAUGGAUUUGAAGACUGCAGCCCAGAUUGUGACAGCAGGAGGGUAAUGGCCUUCUUGGACAUUCCAGGUCAGGAUAAUCUGCCUCCACUCACCCGCCUGGAAAAGUACGCGUUCAGCGAUAAUGUCUUCAACCGUCAGAUUAUUGCCAGAGGACUUCUUGAUGUCUUGCGGGACUUCAGCAGCAAUGAAGAAGACUUUCGAACAGUAAUGGAGAUUGUGGUCAGACUGUCAGAAGAUGGAGAGCCCACAGUGAGGACCGAGCUGAUGGAACAGAUUCCUCCUGUCGCCAGUUUCUUACGAGAAAACAGAUCAGAUUUUCCUAUGGUGCUCUCUGCAUACCUCAUACCUCUUGUAGUGAGGUAUCUGACUGACCCAAACAAUCAGGUUAGGAAAUCGAGUCAGGAAGUGCUCUUGAUUCUUCUGGAACAAGACCUAAUUUUCCAGCAUGAUAUCGAAAACAAAGUGUGUCCUAUUCUGCUGGAGCUGUCUGCCCCAGAUAGUGAAGAUGAAUACAGAGCUGAAGCUGUGAGUGUAAUCUGUAAAAUGGCUUCAAUGCUGAGCAAGAGCACAGUUGAACGCCUGCUACUCCCUCGGUUCUGUGAGCUGUGUUGUGAUGGGAAGCUUGUACAAAUUCGGAAGGUGUGCGCUACAAGUUUUGGUGAUAUUUGUCAUGCUGUUGGACAAGAAGCCACUGAGAAAUUUUUGAUACCAAAAUUUUUUGAGCUCUGCUCGGACAGUGUGUGGGGGAUGCGGAAAGCCUGUGCGGAGUGCUUCAUGGCUGUGUCCUACAACACCUCUCCUGAGGUCCGCAGGACCCAGCUCUCGCCUCUCUUCAUUGGGCUCGCCAGUGACCCCUGCCGAUGGGUACGCCAAGCUGCCUUCCAGUCCCUUGGCCCCUUUAUCUCCACCUUUGCAAACCCCUCCAGGGCUGGCCUGUACAUUCAAGAGGAUGGCACCCCGAACAUCCGCCCACCAAGCCAGGAUGUGGAGGCUGGUUCUGCCUCUGGCUCAGCCAAGCUUGGCAGUUGUGGUAGUACCUCUUCAACCAGUUCAACAAAGCCUAUGCAGAUGGAGGCAGAUCUACUUGUGGAGGAGAUCUCAGCUGAAAACAGUAAUUCCCUUCAUGUCAGUAGCUCCUCCAGUGGCCCUGCAGAAAACCCAAUGGAAGACCCUGCUUCAGGUGGAGCUGAGUUGACCAGGCUUUCCCCAGGGGGCAGUGCCUCCUUGAAGCUCCGUGGUGGUAAUGAGCAACCACUCAGCAGCCGCCAUGGACCAGAUCCCCAGGCCUGCCCAGGGAACUUAGAGGAUAUGUUCAGUAAUGUCCUAUAUUGGCGAACUCCUCUGCCUGACAUAAGCAAGGACAUGGAACUGCUUCUGAGUGAGGCUGGGCCUCGGGAAGAGGACUGUGGCUGCCCUGAAACUACGUACCACAGCUGUGUGGCCAGCAGUGAGAUCCAGAGGGUCCUGGAUAGUUUGCAGGAGCAUAUGAUGAAUGAUCCCAAUGUACAAGCUCAAGUUCAGGUACUAUCAGCUGCACUGAGAGCAGCACAGCUUGACUCCAUGUAUGAACCCGAGAGCAAGCCGGCAGAAGAGCUAAGCGAAGUGUCCAUCUCACAUCCCAGCCCUGCCCCUGACAAGCACAUCCCUCUGCUGGCUUCAUCAUCUCAGAAUGAGCUCUCUGUGGCCAGGAUAUUACAGAGCACAGAUCCAGGCAACCCCUAUAAUGGAACCACUGGCCAUUUGGAGACUGAGCAGAGGCAUGAACCCACCACACUUCAAGAGGAUAAAUCUAAACUACAGGAUAUAAUCCCUCAGCCUCUACUAGACCAGUUCGUGUCAAUGACUGACCCAGCUCGAGCCCAGACUGUGGACACUGACAUAGCCAAGCACUGUGCCUAUAGCCUCCCAGGGGUGGCACUGACCCUGGGCAGGCAGAAUUGGCACUGCCUGAAAGACACGUAUGAAACACUGGCUUCCGACGUACAGUGGAAGGUCCGUAGGACCCUUGCCUUCUCCAUUCAUGAGCUGGCUGUGAUUCUUGGGGAUCAGUUGACGGCAGCUGACUUGGUACCUGUCUUCAAUGGGUUUUUAAAGGAUUUGGAUGAAGUACGCAUAGGAGUUCUAAAGCAUCUGUAUGAUUUUCUAAAGCUACUCCAUGAAGACAAGAGGAGAGAAUAUCUUUAUCAGCUUCAAGAAUUUAUAGUGACUGAUAACAGCAGGAAUUGGAGGUUUCGAUAUGAGCUAGCAGAGCAGCUGAUACUGAUUUUGGAGCUCUAUAACCCCAGUGACGUUCACACUUACUUGAUGCAUAUCGCCCUCAAGCUGUGUGCAGACAAAGUGUCUCGAGUUCGGUGGAUCUCCUUCAAGCUAGUUGUGGCAAUUCUGCAGAAGUUCUACUCACACAGUGAAAGUGCCCUGGGCUUACUCUUCAUCAAGGAGCUCAUCCUGAGGUUCCGGCACUGCUCUAAGUGGGUUGGAAGGCAAGCAUUCGCUUUCAUUUGUCAGGCGGUGGUGAGUGAGGAGUGUGUCCCCGUGGACCAGUUCGUUGAGCACUUGCUUCCCAGUCUUCUGAGCCUUGCAUCGGAUCCUGUGCCAAACGUGCGAGUCCUGCUGGCCAAGGCACUGCGGCGGACCCUGCUGCAGACGGGUUAUUUUAGAAGUGCUGGUAACCCUCAUCUUGAAGUCAUUGACGAGACCAUCUUGGCUUUGCAGUCUGAUCGGGAUCAAGAUGUUUCCUUUUUUGCCACUCCAGAACCAAAGCAGCAGAAUAUUACAGACACCACUGUGCCGGAGAACAGCUAACUCCUCCGUGAUGAAUUGCACUCCUCAUGCUUUUUGCUUGGCACAUCUGGCUUGUAACUUGAAGGGGAGCUGACUGUAUUUUACCUGCUGAAGGAGAAGGGUCUCUGAGCCUUUCAUAUCAUGCACCUCCAUGACCGCCUGCUUUCCUGUCUGCAGCUCUUGGGGGCUGAACUCCAGGUGGGGUUUUAUUGCAGACAGCUCAGCUGGUGUCCUGCUCCCUCAGGCUCAUAGGCCUCAUCUAUGACAGUCUGUAGGAAGCUUGAAGGACCAGGUGGCUUACAGCUGUCAGGGUCUCUGCACCUUCAGACUGUGGUCUAUUGUAGACGGAGUACUAAAGUCCCCCCUUGCCAAUAAAGUCGUUUACUAGAAGCAUAUGUAAGUCUUAAGUAGACUUCCAUAUUCUCUUAUGGUUUCCUGUAAAAUAUAGUUUAUGGUAUUUUAUUUUUGACUGAAAUACCGUUCGUAUAUAAAUAACUCUUGAUAGGAAGAAAAUAUAUGAACGCUCUUUUAGUUUCCCACCAGUGAGCUGAGCAAAUACGUCAUUUAAAUUUAUGUUCCACUUGAGUUGCUGCAAAUAUAGCCGAGUUGUUUACUUUUAAGAGAUGUGAUAGAGAAUUCUGAAGAGUGAUUUGUGGCAGUCUUCCUAAUGUUGUGCUUUCAGUAUAACUUUGGAGCUUUCCCUCGGGUGGUCACACUUUCCCAUCUGUCGGGAACUCUGCCCAUAAAGAUGUGUGAAAGUGGCAUGAAGCUGAAAGAUUUUUCAUUUUAUGUGCGUAUUGUCAUAUGUUUAAGAACUCAGGAUGGAAACUAAUAAUUGACAUGCAUGGGUAUUGAUUUUAUAGCUAAUGCUUUUGAAUAGUCACACAAAAGGGCUAGAGCAUGGCUCAAGUGGUAGAGUGCCUGCCUAAUAAGCGAGAGGCCCUGAGUUCAACUCCCAGUGCUGCAAAAAAAAAAAAAGAAUCUUCACAAAAAAAAUAGGAAAGCGCAGGUUUGAUCAGAACUUGCCCCCAAAUACCAGAUUGUGGGGGUUAAAUUAUGUAGUCUUAAAUUGCCCUAAGUAUACAGAACUUAAAUGUCAUGCUUUAAAAAUUUAGAUUAAGAAGGUUGGAGAUGUGGCUCAGGCAGUAGAGCACUUGCUUUACAAACUGGAAGCCCUGAGUUCAAACCCCAGUCUCACCAAAAAAAAAAAAAAAAAUUAGACUAAGAGAAAGAUGCUGUAGAAUUUAAACGAAUUUUUCAUUAAGAAUCCAAGGUUCUAUAAAUGUUUGAGUUCUUCAUACAUGUGUGCUUGUUUCUGUUUCUGUUCUUACCUUCACAAAGGUGGGCAUGGGAAGGAGGGAGGAGCAGCCCCUGGGGUUCAGGAGCUGGCUGUAAGGACAUGUGAGCUAUUUUUGUUUUCCCCUUUAUCUUUUCCUUGUAUGUGUUUUCUCUUUUCUUUUUUUAAAUAAAAUUUCUUGAAGCUGUAUAUUGGAUUUCCUGGCAUACAGGAUACCCCUCCCGCGCCCCCCCAUUUCUAUUGAACUGGUUCUUUCAAAAGAAAGGAAGGAGUCUCUACUGUGCCAAAGAAAAUAUGGUGUGAAAAUGCCACAUUGUAACCCAGGGUAGCACUCCGGGCAACUUUGGCAAAGAGUGACUUCAUUAAAAUUUAGAGACUACAUAUUUAAAAAAUCCAUUGUGUAUAAUCUGUGCCUAAAAUAAAUACAUUGUCUAGAAAGUGAGAU